AUGAUGGAGGGGAGCGCCAUGGGAGACUUCGCCAAUCGACUCAAACUGGAGUUCGAAGACCAGGACUCCGAGGCCAGUGAGGGCGACGAGUGUCAAGACUGGUUUGUCAAUGAUUCACCUAAGCGUAAUAUUGCACCCCGUAUGGAUGACGAGUCAUCUCCCAAGCGUGAUCGUACUAGAGACGCAACAGUUCCACCAAGAACAACGCGAUCGGUUAGCAGUCGGCCCCAGGCAGUAGCGAAAGUGUCCGACACAAAACCACUAGCUGACGAGGACUACGAAGACUGUGACGCGUGCAGUGGCCCGAUGGCAUUUUUACACCACACGCCACCAACGUUCUCCAUUCUAGUGAUGGAGUUUGGAUCGGGAGUUGACGUUCCUCGCUACGGGACGAAGUUUUUCCGGAUCUACAUCCCGCAGGUUCACAAUAAUCAGAAGGAGUUUUGUAUUUUUGCAAGGAAGCGACUAGGCAAGUACAAAUAUCGAUUCAGUUUGGACGAGAAAUUCACGACGAGCUGGACGGACUCUUUGUACGAUGGUCGAGUGCUCAUGACGUCGUCUGUAGACACGAAGCGCUUUCGACUCUUGGCCGCCAAGUCAGCGGGUCGAGUUCAUUAUGACAUUAAGCAGGAGACGAGAAAGCAGGAGCUGAGUGUUCGGCUGAACUCCUCGUCCACUCGAUUCAACUUCUUCCGAGCACGCGCCGCGUCUGUUGAUAACAAGAGCGAGGUCUACCGCUCCAACAUUCAGAAAUUCAUUAAUCCGAUGGCGGACGUUCGGUGCUCGAAAACCAACUACACUUUAUUCAAGAUGGAGAAAGAGGGCGAAGUGGGUGCGCAGAAGUACGUCAUCUCGUACAUGCAACCUUUUUCACUUUUCCUCAGCUGCUGUAUCGCUGUGGGCGUCGAAGCGCAUCUACUGGAGUGA